AUGAAUAUGAACGAGUCCACAUUGAGAGACAACUCUGAAACCUCCACUUCAACCAUUAUCAUCAUUAACUGCUUCAUAAAUGUUCCACUGAUGUUGGCAGCUAUUCUUGGUAACAGCUUGGUUUUGGUAUCCAUCUUUGCUUCGCAGUCUCUUCGUUCGCAGCCUUCAAUGAUUCUGCUGUGUAGUCUGGCUUUCUCCGAUCUUGCUGUUGGGUUGAUAGGACAACCAAUCUUCGUAUCCCGCGAACUAACGCUAAAUUUGUCUAUAGUGAAUAUGUCAGGCGUCAUAUCGAUUGGCCUCUGUGCAAUAUCACUAGCAACAAUGACAUUGAUAAGUGUUGACCGAGUCCUAGCCCUUCAAUAUCACAUGUCGUACAAGAUUUUGGUCACAACUUCUCGGGUCAUCUUCACAAUUACUUUUGUCUGGCUUUUCCACGUUGUUGUG